GAAAGGCAGGAUCUGCUGCAUGAGCUUGUUUUUUUACUGAGGAGAAAGAGAGAGAGAGAAAGAGAGAGAGAUAGAGGGAGAGCAGACAACACUGAUAUGGGUGACGCACAGUCGAGGUCAGUGAUGCUCCACCAUCAGGACCAACCUCGUAACUACGGAGGCCAGGGAGGCACAAACAACACAUCUUCCUCCUCGCUUCGAAACAGGAAGUGCGACAAAGACGGCAACUUCAACUUCCUGCCAGGUAAAGAUGAAGAGGACUUCACGGGCAGUGGAGGAGGAGACGAGAACCGAAACCAGGUGCGGCCACGUAGUUUAGGCCCGCUGGGUCGCGACCCUCCAAACUCCUCGCCGUCGUCUGCAUAUCACAACUCCAGUGGGACGCAGCGACCCAGAAUGCCCUGCUGGAGUCCACUGGAGCCCCUGCCUGAGAUCGAGAAUGUGGACGACGGGUUCGGGCGGGUUCCCCCAGAUGGAGCAGAGGAAGGGAGGAUGGAGGAGGAGGAGGGAGUCAUGAUGAGGAGGCUGAGUGAGAUGAAGCGACGGGAGAAGAAACAGUCGCAGAUGAAGAAAUGUGGCAUGGUUUCCAGAGGAAAAGAGGAAGAAGUCGACAUCCUGAAGCUGGAAGAUGAUGAUGAAUGGGGAGACAGUGACUCUGGGUCUGAGGACAGCUACCAGUCCGGCAGCAGCAUGUCCUCCCUCCACUUGGAGAGCACAGGAGACAGGGUGCUGAUGGGAGGAUGGGACCGCAUCGGAGUCGGUGAACCAAAAUUGAGCCCGCAAGAUGGCAACCAGUGCUCAAACACCAGCAGAGAAUGGGUCUCACGACAAAGCUUCAGCCAAAAAUCACUGGCUGGAAGCUUCCUGGGAGACCUCACAGAGGAGGGAAGAGGACCAGGAGACGACGAUGACCAGUCUUCAGACACAGACGGCGAGAAGUCAGAGCUGAUGGACGCCGUGUGGACGCUGCGAGACCGCGAGCGCUUCAAGGCCCAGGAGAUGGAGAAGCACCAGGUGCAGCUGACCAUGUACCGCCGCUUGGCACUGAUCCGCUGGGUGCGCACGCUACAGAGCCACGUCCAGGAGCAGCAGAACCGCCUGCAGUCCAGUUUCGACGUCAUACUCACGCACAGGAAGGAGCUGCUGCGCAUGGGCGCCGCCGCCACCGCCGUGGCAAACGCCGCUCCCCCCACUGCUGUCGGACAAUGAUGAACAGAGAAAGAAGGCGGGCGAACUGAAAGACUGGAAGUUGUUAAAACAGCUAUUUUUGCUGUGUUUGACUCUGACCUGAAGACAUUUUCCCUCACCCCAUCAUCCUCUUUGCCACUUUAAAGAUUCACAGUCAUGUUGUUGAUUGUUAUGAUGCAGAAACCUGAGUUUUUGUUGAAUUUCUGUACAAACAUUCAACUCGUCUUUAUUCAGGAAGACUCGCACUUCCCUGCAUCACUUCUACAAAUCAUUAGAAUAUAUUUUAUUCAAAGCUGCCAGUGAUUUUUGUUGUUGAUGUUAUUAUUCAGGCUCUGUCAGGCAGUACUAUCAGACCUGACUGAGGGAGCGCUAGUGUGUAUACACCAGCAGCACAGUGGCGGGAGGGGGACCAGAAGCAUUUGCUGAAUAACCAGGUGUUUUGAGCAGUAGAAUUCACUUCUGAACAUUUCUGAGGCACCUUUUUGUGUAACACAUCACUUGUUAUGUGUCACCGGGUGACACGGCAUUGUAGAGCUAAUUGGAGAGAUGAAUGAUCAGUAUUGUAUGAACUUAUCUGACAGUGGCUUGAACGCAGCGCACAUUUGUUUAUGUUGUUUAUACAUACAAUACAGUUUAAAUCCCCUGUCCCUUCAUAAAAAACAUAUUCUAUUUAAAGCAAUGGAAAAAUGAAUGACUGUGUUGUGAUGUUAAUGUCAUGUUUUAAUCCAAAAUGGUCUGUGUGCUUUUGCUGUCAUUGCUUGUAUUGACUUGUGAGUAUAGAAAACUAUAACUGUGCUAAAAGAUAAUGAGGAUGUAUCAGUGUAACAGAUGGUUUAUAGAUGCUGUAUAUACAUAUAUGAAAUAUAUAUAUAUAUAUAUAUAAUUAGAUAAAGAAUAAAUAAAACUACCACACGCUUUAA